AUGGAUCCUGCGAGCACCGACGUUCCGCGUCUGUCGUGCCCCAGGUUCCCUGCCGAGCGAUACGAACACCUCAAGGCACCUAUCGAUCUUGGCCAAAAGAAGCUUUAUUACUUUGCUUUGAACCUCAGGCAGUGUCACUACAUCCUUCCACGCCUUUUGGGCUCCAUAGUUGAGGCGAUACGCUUCCUCGGACCCCGGAACUCGGUCCUCUCGAUUGUCAAGGGCAAUUCAGACGACGGCACGGCUGAGGUAUUGAAGGCGAUACGGCAAGAUCUUGAGGCGCUCGGGAUCGUAUAUCACUACCAGCGAAGCGACAUCGAUCCCAACAAUGGCAGCCGCAUCCUUCGGCUGGCUGAGCUUCGAAACUUGGCCAUGGAGCCGCUGGUCAAUAGUCGACAAAAUACGACUGCCAUGAAGAGUAGCGAUGGGAGUCACAGGUCCAAGGCUCUCGACAUCGAUAUCUUGGACGAUGCCACCGUCGCUUUCAUGAAUGAUGUGUCCAUCUGCCCCGACGACAUACUGGAGCUCAUUCAUCAGCGCAAGAUUCAGAAAGCAGACAUGACGUGCGGCAUGGACUGGUCCUGGAAUCUUCAGUACCAGCCCUUCUAUGAUGUCUGGGUUGCCCGGCAGCUCAACGGCGACAGCUUCUUCGAGAUCAAAGAGAACGGUGAAUGGCACAGACAGUGGGAACUCUUCCACAACGACCCGCCCAACCAGGCCCGUUACGACGCCGGUGUGCCGGUACAGGUCUUUUCGUGCUGGAACGGCGGCGCAGUGUUCUCUGCCCAGCCAUUCCUGGAUGGAGAGGUCAGAUUCCGCGACAGGAAUGAGGGCGAGUGCCUCAUGGGCGAGCCGGACUAUUUGAACAAGGACCUCUGGCACAAGGGCCGCGGACGUUUUGCAAUUGUGCCUACCGUCAACCUCGGAUACAAUGACGAUCAUGGAAAGGGCAUCAAGCACAAGUACGGCUACGUAACCGAUGUGGUCAAGACAGAGGAGAUGAGCGAGCUGCCACUUCAGAUUCCUUGGGUGGACACGCCUCCGGAGAAGAUCAAAUGCAUGCCGGGGUGGAAAGAUCAGAGCUGGGUACCGUGGAACGAGACGCUUGGAAAGGGGAGAUGA